AUGGUUGCAGAGACGGAGGCCUGGCGGGAAGCCUUGCUGAGCAAGAUUGCCGGUGACGACGACCUUGUAGGUGAAGACUUGGAAAGACACAAGGAGUUCCUCAAGGCCAAGGAGGAUGCCCUUGCUGCGCUGGCCAAGCAAGAUACCUCCAAGGGCGCAGAUCGAGCAGUACGCGAAGUGCGUUUAGGAGGCGCGUCCUUUGACGAGGAGACCGCGAGAAAGUUGGCAGCCAUCGCCGGCAAGGCCUCGCAGGAGAGGCACGCCGGGACAUGGAGCGGUCCAAGCAGGCGAGUCAAGCAAUCACUGCAGCCCAAGCAGAGGCGCAAAGUGCGCUCCAAGCCGCAGUGGCAAGGUUGCCCAAAGAGAAGGCAACAAGCGUGGCGCCAUCCUGGAUCUCUGACGAGGAGUACAAGGAGCUUGGGCUACCCCCAGCUGGAUCCGAAAUUCCGGGAUCAGGAGUGGCAGAAGAAGCAGCUGCAGCUGGACAGUACGGACCCCCGGCACAACCCGAACCUGAACCGGGACCAGAACGACCCCGAGUUCUGGUACCACGCCGCGCGCAAGCCCUUCAACAAGGCGUUGCUGCGCACGGAGCAACACUGGAACAGCCGCCGCGAGGUUUGGCUGAAGCAGUUCGAGCAGGUAAAGGACAUGAACGAGAAAAGAGCGCUGCUGGCUGAAUUGCUGGAGGAUUGCUCGGCGGAGGUGAGGCGGUUGGUAGCCCCGAUUCUGCAGUACAGCAUCACCACCAAUGUUUUGUGCACCUUGCUGGAACAGGCCAAGCAGAAGCAGAAGAGCUUUGAAGAGAUCGUUGCAGAUGAGGAGAAUUUGGUGAUCCUCCGGAGCAUUCGCGACAGAGUGGAUGAGUUUGGAGAAAAGGCGGCUGAGGAGAUGCUUGCCGAGUUCGACGCCCGGUCCAGGAUCCUGGCAGCCGACCGGCAAGAGCAACUGCUGGAGGACAGAAGGGUGGCUGACGUGAACACGUUGGCACAGAUCAUGAACUGGGGCCAGAAGUGCAAGAAGGAUGGCCUGUUCGAGUGGGAGCAAGGCAACUGGGCAGAAGCCCAUGCGAGUUGGAGGCAGGCAGACGACACCUUGCGCGGCUUCAAGGCUCCGGACAAGGAGAGCAGCAGAAUGCUCUUCGAGCUCCAUGGAGCUGUGCUGAAAAACCUCUCGCAGGCUUGCAUGAAGCUGGGAUAUUGGAACGACGCUGCAAAGGUGCGGGCGCCCGUCCGGGGCCAGGGCUCCUGA